AUCGGGUGCGUCUUUACAGCUCUGUUGCGGUGACAAGAUCUGGUUAUGUUGGGGAAUUUUCAAAACCUCCCCCCUAGAGUAGGAAAAAAAGGAGGGGUGUCCAACAACACACCUCUCGCAACGAAACCACGCGCCAGGUCAGUUUGCCGUUGGCGCACAAGAAAGCACGUGACACGAUCUUGAACCCGCCGACGUAGGGCAGGCCAGGAAUGAUCAGGUUUGGCCGAGGUUCGCAACCCAAGAGAAAGAGAGUCAUAGCCGAGGUAUGUCAAUCGCGUGACGACGAGCUUCGAGCACCUCAUUGAGAUUCGCUGAAUGACGACAUUCUGAGGCGGCUUAGGGUCUUCCUGAUCGAUGCCGGCUCGCGUUGUCCGGUCAGUCUUGUCGAAGGAUCGAGCCGAAGAGGUUGACUUUUAGUGAGCGCGCGCGUUUUGAGUUUACAAGUUUAUAGCAAAGGCGCCGUUUACGAUACGAUACGAAACGAUGCAUUUGAUAGUGGUACUUGGACUUGCGUUGAGUUGGGGUAGUUGGUGCUUUUUGCAAGGAGCUGAAGCGCAAAACCCCUCCUGCACCACCCCGGCCAUGCAGCCGGGAAUGUGCGUCCCGGUGGAGGGAUGCCGCAAUAUCUACAAGAUUUUCCAGCUGACAAACAACAAGAUCCCGCCGAAGAUUUUGACCUACAUCCGGCAGUCGGUGUGCCGGUUGGCGGGCGUCACCAAGGCCGUUUGCUGCCAGCUGAGUGAAAUCGACAAGUCGGUGCUGGUGGACAAGCAGGGUUCGAAAAAGCCGUCCCUGCUUCCAGUUGAGUGUGGCAUCAUUACGACGGACCGGAUUUCCAACGGACAAGCCACCGCUCCGUUUGAGUUCCCGUGGAUGGCACUGCUGAGGUACAAAGAUCUCAGCGGGACGAUUACGGACGGCUGCGGUGGGUCGUUGAUAAAUGAACGAUACGUUUUGACGGCGGCACACUGCCUGGGAGUUAGGAGAUUUGCACUGGAUCACGUUCGCUUGGGAGAGCACACCAAAAGCAAGGAGCAGGAUUGUAUUGGCUCGGAGGACGACUGCGCAGGACCGGUUCAGGAUAUCGCAGUUGAGUUGGAGAUUGUUCACCCCGAGUACAACAAGCCAAAGUAUGCGAACGACAUUGGAUUGAUUCGAUUAGUUCGAAAUGUGAUGUUUGAAGAUCACAUCAAGCCUAUCUGCCUCCCGGUGACGAAGGACUACCAGAACAUGCUGCAUCCCAAGUACAUCAUAACUGGUUGGGGAACGACGGAAAAGAACGAUCUUUCGGACGUCCUUCUGAAGGCCACCCUGCCCCGAGUGGACAAUUCCGAAUGCCAGCAGGUGAUGGCUAGCAAUCGUUUAACUGUGCUGCUCUCGGAUAAGCAAAUCUGCGCCGGAGGAAAGGAUCUGGUGGACAGCUGCCGGGGCGAUUCCGGUGGACCGCUGGGAACGGUGGGAAUGUUGAACGGUGAUGCGAGAUUUAUUCAGUUUGGAAUUGUUUCCGCCGGUUUGAACACGUGCGGGGAGAGGAACGUUCCCGGAAUUUUUACGAGGGUCGGAAAGUACAUGUCGUGGAUCGAGGACAAUCUCAAGCCGUCCUGAUGCAAUAAAAAUGAGU